ACAGGAGGCAGCAGCGCUCACGCAUAACGGUCUGAGCAACUACGAGUGACUACUGACUUCAGCGGCACUCAUCACUGUUUCAGAUCAUUUGCACAUUCCCGAAGAAUUUUCGGGACUCGUCGAUUAAGUGAACUCCUCUGCUGGAUAAGAUGGCCGCAUCUGGAUUACAGCUCCUCGGCUUUUUUCUCUCACUGGUCGGAGUCGCUGCCACUGCUGCCGCCACUGUUAUGGUGGACUGGAAGAAACUGGUCCAGGGCAAGCACCGCUCCUAUGAGGGCUUAUGGAUGUCCUGUGGUGGAGUCCAAGACAGAGCCACCUGUGAAAUUUACCAUUCCUUUAUCAAACUGCCAGAUGAGAUUCAAGCAACCAGGAUAGCGUUGCCACUCAGCCUCUUCCUCUCUGCUCUGGCAAUGCUCGUCUCCACAGUGGGGAUGAAGUGCACCCACUUCAUGGACGGUGCCUCGCAGAGCAAAUCUGUGACAGCAAUGAUUGGAGGAAUCAUGUUCAUGCUCUCAGGUUUAUUGACCAUCAUCAUCACCUCCUGGUUUGUCAAAGUUGUUCUUCAGAACUUUUAUGAUUCCCCUCCUCUAAUCAGAUCUGAGUUUGGUAAUGCCGUGUUUGUGAGCUGGGCCGGUGGACUCCUCACUCUGACUGGCGGUGCUUUCCUGAGCUGUCGCAGAUGCGCGACCACGUCCUCAAUGUCCAUAAGCUCCAGCCGCCUGCUUCCCACCAGUGAUCCAAAGUCCAACUACGUCUAGUUGAAGAAAAAACUUUCUACAGUCACUGAAUAACGAGGUCUUAUCAGGAUCGGUCGUCGUGUGUUUUUUCCCCGGUGUAAAGAUGUGAAGGUUCAACAUUUAAAUUUCUUCUGUAAUUACAGAUUUAUGUUUGUGAAGGACCCUGCCAUCCUGCUGUACACUUAUAAAGUCAUCAAGUUUAUAAUAAGCUUUAAAGAAGAUUUGCUUUCAUAGUUUGAAGUGUGGCCAUAAAGUGCAGACGGUGUACUUUCUGUUGUACUUUGUAGAUCUGUUUGUGUGUGUAAAGUAUGUUCAUUUUGGAACUUGUCAUUUUUUUUUAUUGUUUGCAUAAUUAAAUAAAAAAAUUUUUUUGUUUUUUUUCCUGUGUUUGAUAAUUGAUAUUGAAAGCUUGAACAUUUUAAAAAGGCGCCUUUGUGAAGACAGAAGCUUCAAACUUUAUAUGAAGUUACUUAAGUUUGUUAUUUAUUAUUAGAUGCUAACAAAAAGAACAAAAAUCCACUAACAUGAAGCCACUGCAAGACUGUAUUUUUAAUACAAGGAGAAUUUGGAGGUUGUGCUAUACAUGCAACAAUACAAAAGCAUCAUUUAUCAGCUGUGUACGUUUCAGUAGUCUGUAGUCUGACCAGCAUCAUCCUCUACACUGUUGCAUGCUGGGGCGGCAGGUUAAGUGUCGCAGGUGCCAACAAACUCAAUAAACUGAUUUGCACGGCCAGGAAUGCUGAGGGGAUGGAGCUAAGGUGGUGUCAGAGAGGCGGAUGUUGUCCAAGAUAAGGACAAUGCUAGACAAUACAUCCCACCCACUCCAUGACGUGCUGGCCAGUCACAGGAGCACGCUCAGCGAGACACUGAGAUUACCCAAAUGCACCACUGAGCAACACAGGAAAUGAUUCCUGUACAGCUCCUCCAUCUAAUGAGCAGUCACACUGCAGUAGUCGUACACCCGUCAUCGUGCACAUCCUCUGCAGAGAAAAUAACAAAGCUUUACAGUUUGGUACGAGGGCGCCUCGAUUUCAACCAUAUAAAUUGAACUUGUGUUAUAUACAGGGAUAUUUAUAAUUGUUUUGUUACAUUUUGUAACUUUCAUUAUUUAUUCAGUUUCGUUCUGACUGUCUUGGUAUGUGGUCGCAUAAUUUAUAUUAUUCUGAUUCCAGU